CGCAGUUGUCAACAAUGUCAUAAUAUCGCGAUGUUCGACAUCAGAAUCUUGCUGCAAUCCCUCAUGUGAGUUGUGACAAGAGGGAACGAAUUUAGUUUUAACGAGUUAAGUAAUCGCGUGCCAGUGCGUGAUUUAGUGUGUUUCUUCGUGGCGCGGAAGGUGAACUUUUACGGGAUGAAGUAGUGCCCUCAAUCCAAACAAUCGGGAGGACUAUGCUGCUGCGAACAUUGGCCGGCAGCUCGGGCAGAUGGACGACACGUUUCGGGCUCCUGGCGCGGGUGGGCGGCGGAUAUCACAUCCGUCAUGGAUUGCUUGCAUUGCCCCAUCUAUCGACAGCUGCUAGUGCCAGUACGAUAUUACAAAGCAGUGAAAAAAUACGCUGGAAUGCGAAUAGCACCGGUUGGAGGGAAACGGGGAAUAGGCGCGGGCCCGAGUACAACUUGCGCAAUUGCAGAAGAGCGAAUUUGGAGCUAAUUUUAAGGGAUUAUAGUAGCAACACUAGUAAUAAGAAGCUAGAACCAAAGGCUUUACUGCAGAACAUAGUUCAAAGUCCUUACGCACGGUUGAUGCGAGUUGACCGACCGAUCGGGUCGUGGUUGCUUUUUUGGCCUUGCGGAUGGAGUAUUGCGCUGAGCGCACCGGCCGGAUGCUGGCCCGACUUGUGGAUGCUGACUCUGUUCGGUGCGGGAGCGUUCAUCAUGAGGGGAGCAGGCUGCACGAUAAACGACAUGUGGGAUCGGGACAUUGAUGGCAAAGUUGCCCGAACCAAGAGUAGACCCCUGGUUGCCGGAGAUCUAAGUUUGGCUGAUGCUUGGUUUUUCCUGGGAGCUCAGCUCGGCGUAGGGUUGCUGAUUCUGUUGGAAAUGAACUGGUAUUCGAUUAUGCUGGGGGCAAGUUCGUUGGGACUAGUCAUCAUCUAUCCGCUGAUGAAACGGGUAACGCAUUGGCCUCAGCUGGUUCUGGGAAUGACGUUCAACUGGGGGGCCCUGCUAGGCUGGAGUGCCACCCAGGGAUCGGUGUUGUGGUCUGCUUGCCUGCCGCUGUAUCUGGCCGGCGUGUGCUGGACUAUUGUGUACGAUACGAUCUACGCCCACCAGGAUAAGGUGGACGAUGCACUGCUGGGGAUCAAAUCGACGGCAAUUCGGUUCGGGGAUAACACCAAACUGUGGCUGAGCGGAUUCACGACCGCCAUGAUCAGCGGUUUAAUAACCUCAGGAGUGGUGUGUGAGCAGACGUGGCCGUACUAUUCGGCGGUUGGGGUGAUUUCGGCCCACUUGGCGCAUCAGAUCUACUCUCUCAACAUCAACAAUCCGACCGAUUGUGCCACCAAAUUCAUCUCCAACCACCAGGUUGGGCUGAUCCUGUUCCUAGGUAUCGUGCUCGGUACCGUGUACAAAGGCUACAGCCGAAAUGUCAGUAAAAGCGAUCCCUCUUCAUCGGUAUCACCCGCUACCUCAUCGUCAUCGUCGCCACCAUCGGCAGGACUUCUUCUGGCCGCUGCCGCCAACCAUCAUCAAACGGUGCGACAACCUAGCUAAGCCAUCGACGACGCGCUUCAUUACGUCUGUGUUAAUUUAUAUUGGAUGCUAACUUUCAGGAAAUUCAAAUUGUGUCAUAUGAUUUGAAGAAACUUAGGCUACGGAUUGUGAAAUAAAUCGGAAAUCAAUUAGGUUUAGUGAGA